AUGUCAUCUGGUUACUCCGUGGGUGACUUUGUCGCUGGCGCCGGGAUGGCCCAGAAACUGUACAUCCUCGUGAAGACUUCAGCAGACGCUCCCUCCGAAUAUGAAGCUGCAAUGAAGAAACUUGUCCUGACCCAACAGGCCUUCAUCACUGUGAGCCAACUCAGCCAAAACCAGGUUUUUCUGCCCCGAGACACAAUCAACUCGGCGUCAUUUCUCAUCUCAUCGUCACUGGACACGAUCUCGAAAUUCCUCAAACGAACCGAAUCCCUGAAAAAGAGUAUGUCCAGUAACGGGCCGCCAACUAUUCGAGAUAGUGGGUGCAGAAUUGGGUGGGAGUUGUACGGGAAAGACGAACUGAGAGAGCUACGCGAGAAGUUGCAUAACUGUCUCGCUGCGCUGAAUCUUCUGCUCUCCGCAGCGAACCUGUAUGGAUAUUAA